GCACGCUCCUGGCCCAGGAGCAGCAGAUAAAGCGUGCCAAGGGGCACACGACUUGCGCCUCAGGAAAUCCGCAUGGUCUCGCAGCCGCGCUGAGGCUCGGGACCCCCUUUACACUUUUCGUCUCUGGGGCUGGGGAAACUUUCAAGAAGCGGCGCCUGCAUCUCAGCUAAAUUUGCAGAGGAAAAGGCCAGCUCAGCUCACCGCUGCUCUCACUGCCCACCGCUCUCUAACCCUUUGCGCCAUAGAACAAGGUAAAGGCCACAGAGCGAUGGGCCGAGGGAAAAGGGGGUCCUCUGGUCCGGCGGGAGCGGGGAGUGAUGGCUUUUUCUCGAUUUUUCCCCCAGCCGGCCCGAGACUGGGAACUGCGUGAUCGACCCACGUUUACCUUUACCUUUUGCCCCGCCGCAGGAUGGCGCCCCAUCCCUCUGGUGCACCAGCUGUCCAAGUGACCCAUGAGACAAAGCAGCCUUUCCAGGGCGCCUCAGACGACAAAGUGACCUGCGUCGCAUCCGCUCCGCCCAGCCCCAGUCGCGUGCCAGGGAACUGUGCCGAGGCGGAAGGGGGCGGCUGCCGAGGCGCCUCGAGGAAGCUUCGCGCGCGGCGCGGAGGACGUAGCCGGCCCAAAAGUGAGUUGGCUCUGAGCAAGCAGAGACGGAACCGGCGCAAGAAAGCCAACGACCGUGAGCGUAAUCGGAUGCACAACCUCAACUCCGCCCUGGACGCGCUGCGCGGCGUCCUGCCCACCUUCCCCGACGACGCGAAGCUCACCAAGAUCGAGACGCUGCGCUUCGCCCACAAUUACAUCUGGGCGCUGACACAGACGCUGCGCAUAGCGGACCACAGCCUCUACGGGCUGGAGCCACUUGUGCCGCCCUGCGAGGAGCUGGGCAGCCCAGACGGCAGCUCCCUGGGAGACUGGGGCUCCCUCUAUUCCCCUGUCUCCCAGGCGGGCAGCCUGAGCCCUGCCGCCUCGCUGGAGGAGGGCCCUGGGCUGCAGGCGCCUGCUUCCCCUGUCUGCCUGCGCCCUGGCGCCCUGGCUUUUUCAGACUUUCUAUGAAGGGGCCUGUCUGCCGGCGGGAGAAAGGGAGAGGGCGGAGGCCUUCGGAGAUGUGGGGCAGCGGCGGUGGGGGCGGCCCUUGGGCGUACUUGCUCCUCCUGCUUCUGUCUCGCCCAGGCCCAGAGAGGGUGGCAGGCCGGGUUCUAUCCCUACCCUCCUUUUUUUUUUUUUGGUACCGUGCCAACUGCAACCCUCUGCCGCUGCCCCCGCGAGUGGGCAUUGCAGGCUAUUUGCAUUUUAGGCCCCCUCCCUGCGGCCACCCUAAAAUCUUCCGCAAAGAAGACAAGAAUGGUAGCACUACACAACAGGAGACACACGCCGUCUCAGCCACCCUACCCUCACUGAAGUCUGCCUGCCUGUCCGUCUCUUACCACUCUACCCUCAAAUGUGACUUAAUCCAAUAUUUGGUCUCUCGACGUUGGUUCCUGUCGGGCAGUGUCUUCUUCAAAGACGUCGCUGACCUCUUCUAGUCCCUAUCAAGGCUGGGGUUCCGGCCUCUCUACUCUGCCUUAAUCCACGAAGGUGAUCCUCUGCCUUCUCCUUGUGCACUUUCCUGAGCCAUCGCCCUCCCAGGGGCAGGAGAUGAGGCUGUGAACCGCAAAAGUGCAAAGCGCCUGACAGACUCUGGCAGCUUCCCCCAACACCCACCCACCCGGGACCUGAAGCACCGUUGUCUUUGAAAAAAAAAUCAGUUUGUAAAUUAUGUGAUAUCUUUUGAAAUGAAUUUUUGUCUAGUAAAUUAUAUGGCCCCUCCCCUGAUUCACACACUUGUAUUUAUUGAUGAGAUUUCAUAGUGGGAAAAGUCUA